UCACAGGAAAUAAGGAUGCAAGAACGAUCAAUGAAUAAUCACAUUGAAAAGAUAGUCACUUCUCUAUCUCUCCUCCAUUGUACAUUUUCAAGUACUUAGAUCGAGUGUGUCCUAGUAAGAAAGAAGCACUCAACUUUGAGUUAUAUUGGCUGCAGCAAAUGGCAACAAUGGCUCUGCAGUUUGCCCUGAACAGGCUUUUUGUGGUGACCAGCAAUUUGGGCUCUGUCUUUGAAAAUGCUGAAAUUGAACAACGUUGGCUGGUUGAAUUGGAGAAGGUGAUUGUACAGGCUGACCCAGACUUGGUGGCUCUGCAUUGUCAAGAAAUAGGAGGAAAAGAUUUUGAAGUCACAAUGCCCAAAGUCCAGGACUUUAUCAGGAAACUACGAGAGCUGCCUUGCUUCGCCAAUUUCGACAGGGUCAGGGGAUGGUUUGACAUGGCCUACGAACGAUCCGCAGAAUUCACUGCCCUUGGCAGCCUGUACCUGAUACACAAGAGGGUGGAGCCAGUCUUCUUGUGGGACUUCCAUGAUAGUGAGUUUGUGGAAGUCAAAGGAGAUGAGGUUGUGUACAGUGACCUCUCCAGUAACCACACUCACUGCAGGGAGAGGUUCCCAGAUGACUUCUAUCCUGGAGUCAAGUGGUCAAGAAAGGGCUUUCUUCACACAAGAUGGAGGCUCUUUGGAAGUCGAAAGUUGAACUUUGUUAACAUCCAUUUGUUUCACGAUGACGACAACCUUGUUGCCUUGGAAACGUCCCCGUCAGUGUAUUGUAGCUAUCGAAAAAGAGCGCUGGAGUACACACUUUCACGGUUAGCUGCUUCCAUUAAAGACAUCUCUGAGCCUCUCUACAUCUAUGGUGACUUCAACUUUAGAUUAGACUUCUCUGCUGUCGUUAAGCACAUCAUGUCAUCACUGAACAAUGAGCCUCAGUUGGUGAAAGAGACUGAUGGCUCUGUUGUCUACAGGCAUGAAGAAGGCCCUAAAGAGGAUGUUCUGAAGGUGGAAAGAAAACGAUUUGCUCUUCGCAACGGCACACAUUUCACAGAGAAAUAUAAGGAGCUGCUGCAGUAUGAUCGUGAAUUAAAGGGGCUAUCGGAGCUGAGGGAACUGCCUGUUGAGUUUCAACCAAGCUACCCCUUCAGCGAGUCGGAGGACCAAGGCACAGUCUAUAUGGAGAAGAGGUGCCCGGCAUGGUGUGACCGUAUCCUCAUGAAUGAAUCUGCCCUGAAGCUUGUUGUAGAAAGUCCCCUCGGCUGCAUGUACAACAUGAUGGCUAAAACUGUUUGUGUGGGAGAUCACAAGCCUAUCUAUCUGUUCUUCACUGUCACAAGCACUGCUCCUAUGAGUCAGAUUCCAGUUGGCUAUGAAGGUGCCCAUGGAGAGGGACCUCCCCCCGGUCUCAUCUGCAUACCCCCCCACCCACACAUCCCCACCUCCCCUCUUACUGGCAAACCAGGGGAUGAUAAAGGUUCCAAAGAUGGAAAGAAAGAAAAGAAAGGCCGAGCAACAUUCUCCGGAAUGCAAAUUGAUGAACUUGAGAAGGCAUUUAAUGCCACACAGUAUUUGACUACAGCAGAAAGAGCUAGGUUGGCUGAUAGACUGAGCCUGUCGGAGAGUCAAGUUAAAAUUUGGUUUCAAAACAGAAGAACAAAAUGCAGACGGACAUCUUGGAAGCAAAAAAACUAAACUCUUUUAUACAUAGAUUGUAAUACACACAAAACAAAGGUACACUUAAAACUCGAGCACAAGUAUUGCUUAUUAAUUUUGUCUUUCCAACACCACUGUUUAUACUGUUUAGCCUUUUUCUUGCAUGUUUCUGACAAUACAUGAUGUGCACAACUUCUACCAAUUUGUCAAUACA